UCUCCCAAAUGCCCUGUCAUUUGUCAAGAACGAUAUAUGAUUACAGAUAUAUGUGUAGAGUAGGUAAUGAACUUUUGCUGUACCAGCACGGGCCAAAAUGUCUUGCAGACAGGCUUUUUAUCUUUUUAUUCAUUCAUGUUUUAUAUUCUUCACUUGGGUUUAGAAAACAUUCAUUUGGAAAAUAAACUCUCCACCACAAUCAUCAGUAAACUCAUGCGAUUGGAGGAUUGUGGUAAAGGGGGAGGGGCCUGUCUCGGGUGGUGGGAGGAGUCGUGGUUUUGAGUGGCAGUAUAAGGAAUGACAGCGUGAUGCAGACAGGUACAGUGGGACAGUGAGCAGACGUCAUCAUAGUGAGCAGAGCAUCCUCAGCUGUUACCAGGGCAACAGAGCACAGCACCACCCUGGGAUUACAUGAGUAUAGAAGAAUAUUUUGAAGAAGAUGAAGAACCACCUUUACUGCUCAGCUCCUGUCUGUCUGAUCCUGCUGGAGUUAUGUGGGACAUUAGCGGCGCAGUGUCGGUGGGAGGACGGGUGUGUGUGUCCGCUCUGUCCAGCCGGACAAGAGCCCACCACGGCUUGUGGGGAAGUUGAGAGUCCCGGUGAGACCGGAUUGUGCCGGACUUGCCCAGCAGGCAGCUUCUCUGAUACCCAUGACACUGAGCCGUGCCGCCCACAUCUCUCCUGCGGGACACUGAAGCGCUGGAUCUCGACCGCACCGACCUCACUCUCUGACGCUGUGUGUGGAGGAUGCCUUCCCGGGUUUCACCCUGCUGCUACACGGAAGUCCUCCACCCUCCACGCCUGCGUCAGGAAGCCCUACAGCCGGCACAGACGUAAUGUUGGUAAGAGCACCUCCAUCAGGAACGCCACCAGUGUUCAGGGUCCAGAGGAGAAGAGCACGGAGUAUGCCGUGUUUGCCCUGGUGCCCAUCUUCUGUGUGAUGGGCCUGCUGGGGAUUCUCAUCUGUAACCUGCUCAAGAAGAAGGGCUUCCGCUGCAACGCCGAGAAAGACGGGGUGGACGCAGAAGCUGGCACUCCGCAGAAAGAAGGAAACCCUUGUCCAUACAUCAUUGAUGACCCCGAUGAAGACACCAUCAGCAUUCUGGUGCGGAUCAUCACAGAGAAGAAAGAAAAUGCAGCUGCUCUGGAAGAACUUCUGCUGGAAUAUGAGAAUAAACAGAUGGCCCUCAACAAGAGCUCAUCCAUCAAGUUUCCGGCUCUUCCUCAUUUCUCUCCGUUCCGGUCGUUACCGCGGCUGUGUUCUCACCAGCAUCACUUGCACACUAUAAACGGGCUAGCGCCGCGCUCCGGCCUCUGCUGCUCCCGCUGCAGUCAGAAGAAGUGGCCCGAGCUGCUGCUGCCCAUCGACACGCACAAGAGCCCCACGAACCUGGUCAAGACGCCGGAGGUCAACAUCCUGUCUGUAGGGAGGUUUCAGGUUGCUCAGAUCCCUGAAAUGAAGUCUAUUUCAAAGAAAGUGACCCAGCCGGAAGCGAGCGAUACGGUCUCCAUGGACAGCGGCCACACCGAGCCUGCGGAAGAGUGUUCCCUGCUGGGCGUGUCCUCUUCCUGUAACUCCGCCUCCUCAAAGUCCAGACAGGAGAUGAACAUAUGAAAGGCUGAGGAAGACAUCCACAGACGGGACAUGUGACAUCAUCAGUGACCGAGCGAUCGGGCAGACGUGUGACGGUGAUGUCAGUAUUCACCUCCUUGAGGAGCCUUGACUUCAAGACCUCAGGAAACAUUCAUAUUUAUUGCAUAAGUCUUAGAACUAUGUUGUUAAAAAGCUCUGUCUCUGCUAGCAGAUAAUAGGAGAGCGAAGGGUAGAAAGCAUGUGUGCUUCCACAAGACACUAAAGAAAACAGCACUCAGAACAACAAGACACCAGUGAGACAUUCUCUCCAGUUAGAAAACAUUACUAAGUAUUAUUAGAAACUAGUUUGAUUUAUAUCUCUGGCCGUUUUUCAGUUCUUUUGUUUUUACUGUAGUUCGGUUUUUUUAGUAUUUGAGAUUUUAAAGGAGUUGCAUAUCUACAGUCAUGGUCAAAAGUGUUUGCAAACACCUUGUUUUGUUAUUACUAAAUAAAAG